UAUUGAACUGUGUCACCUGAAUUACUGAAAUCGUUUUGCACGAGUUCCUCUUCAUAAACAGGAAGUGAAUACAAUACAUUUCAAGUAGAGUUGUGUGCACAUUACACACUGUUGAACCUAAUUGAUUGCUUCCUGCUAAUUAAGUUCAUGCAACAACGAUUAGCUGGUGCUAUUAAUUGCACUUGGGUAGGUACCGCUGUCGGUCACCACCGCUCAGCAUGAGCUCUGCUCUGCUCCUCGCCGCGUGGGCGUGGCUCGUUGUCCUUGCCGCAUUGGCCUGCCACCACGAGCGCGCGGCGGCCGCCACGCUGUCGACGUCGUCGCGGUGGAUCGUCGACGAGCGCGCGCGCCGGGUGAAGCUGGCAUGCGUCAACUGGCCGUCCCACCUGGAGCCGAUGCUCGCGGAGGGGUUGGGCAAGCGGCCCCUGGGCGCCAUCGCCGGGGACGUGGCCGCCAUGGGGUUCAACUGCGUCCGGCUCACCUGGCCGACGUUCCUGGUGACCGACGCCUCCCGCGCGUCCCUCACCGUUGCCCAGUCCUUGCAGAGGCUCAACCUCACCGAAUCGCUCGCCGGCGUCCAAGCGAACAACCCAGGCAUCCUGGACCUCAAGCUCAUCGACGCAUUCAAGGCCGUGGUGUCCAGCCUGGGCGACAGCGACGUGAUGGUGAUCCUUGACAACCACGUGAGCAAGCCGGGGUGGUGCUGCGGCAGGAACGACGGCAACGGCUUCUUCGGGGACGCCUACUUCGACCCGGGCGUAUGGGUGGACGGCCUCACUAAGAUGGCCGCCAUGUUCGCCGGCGUGCCCAACGUCGUCGGCAUGAGCCUCAGGAACGAGCUCAGGGGGCCCAGGCAGAACACCAACGACUGGUACAGGUACAUGCAGCGCGGCGCCGAGGCGGUACACGCGGCGAACCCUAGGGUGCUCGUCAUCCUUUCCGGCCUGAGCUUCGACAACGACCUGGCCUUCCUCAGCUGGCGGCAGGUGCGCCUCAGCUUCGCGCGGAAGGUGGCGUUCGAGGUGCACUGGUACAGCUUCUCCAACCCGCACCAGUGGACCGGUGGAAACGCCAACAGGGUGUGCGCGCGCAUCGCGGCCAGCGUGGCGCGACGCUCACUCUACCUCCUCAACCGGGGCUGGCCCGUGUUCCUGAGCGAGUUCGGCGUCGACAACCGUGGCGGCAAUGUCGGCGACAACCGGUACUGGGGGUGCGUCGCCGCCGUGGCCGCCGGUCUGGACCUGGAUUGGGCGUUAUGGACGCUGCAGGGGAGCUAUUACCUCCGGGAUGGCGUCCCGGGGCACGACGAGGCGUACGGGGUGCUCGACCGGGACUGGCGCAAGGCACGCAACGAAACCGCGCUGCGCAGGAUCCACGCCCUGCAGCGCCCCUUCAGAGGUCCUGGUCUCGCGGAGGCGGCGCCGUACACGGUGCUGUUCCAUCCGGCGACGGGGCUGUGCGUGGUGCAGCGGUCGCUGAUGCGGCCGCUGGAGCUGGGCCCGUGCAACGAGACGGCGGCGUGGGCGUACACGCCGGAGCAUAGGCUGGUUCUGCGGGACAGCUCGCUGCUGACACUGUGCCUCCGGGCUGAGGGCGCCGGAAGGCCAGCGCGCCUCGGCUUAGGCCGUGUGGGGUGCGCCGGCUCGCUGGCCAGGUGGCUCCUCGUGUCGGAUUCGAAGCUGCACGUAGCCGUCCACGCGUCCUCCUCCAGGAGCGACAUGCGCUGCCUGGACGUCGGCGCGGACGGCCGGACCGUGGUCACCAACAGGUGCCGGUGCCUGAGCGGCGGCAACAGCUGCGACCCAGAGAGCCAGUGGUUCAAGCUUGUGAGCAGCACCAGGAGCCCGGUCACCAACAACAUACUCGCGCAGCUGCUGCUUGUCGAACUUAAAAACUGGAAGAGUUGGUUGUUUAACUUGUUUUGAUCGGCAUGCAUCCGAGAGAGUUGUAUCUCUAUAUAUGUGAGGUCAAGUUCAAUAGCAAGUUUGUUUAGCUGCCCUAGAAAGAACUAGAGGAGUGUUCUUGAGGUAACUGAGUACUCGAAUGAAUCGUCGCAUGAUCUGUUUGAACUUGCAUGCACAUCCAUUUUGUUCA